AUGACUUGGAGCUGGUCCUUCUCCCUCUGUGCUGCAGGUGAUGGAUCCGGGAGUGAGACGGACACCGAAAGCUCCCAAUCGGAAGACGGAGAAGACGGUCCGGGCUUGAGGAAGCCCCGAGGAGGCUCCUUGCCGGGUAGGAAAAGCCAUAGGAGCCACUUGGGAAGGCGCUCGGCAUCCUCCCACCAUGGUGGGAAGAGACACGGCGUCCGGAGCCAGUCGUUGGGGCAGCGCAAACACGCGUGCAACAAGUGCGGGAAGAGCUUCAGCCGCGGCUCGUCCCUCAACCGGCACCGGAGGGUCCACGUCGGGGAGAAGCCCUUCGCGUGCUCCGGCUGCGGGAAGCGCUUCCCGUGCGACUCCAGCCUCAAGAGCCACCAGAAGACCCACCUGGGCGAGAAGCCCUACAAGUGCCCCAGCUGCGAGAAGAGCUUCACGUCCACCAAGUCGCUCAGGAAGCACUGCAAGAUCCACCUGGAGAACGGGGCCUACCGGUGCUCCGAGUGCGGGAAGACCCUCACGUCCAACUCAGCUCUUAUCAUCCACCGGAGAAUCCACACGGGGGAGAGGCCCUACAGCUGCCCCGAGUGCGGGAAGAACUUCAUGGCCAAGAAGUCCCUCAACAAGCACCGCAAGAGCCACAUGGAAGGCGCCGCCUUCACGUGCCCGGAGUGUGGGAAAAACCUCACGUCGAACUCGACCCUCAUCAUCCACAGGCGGAUCCACACGGGCGAGAGGCCCUACCAGUGCCCCGAGUGCGGCAAGAGCUUCAUGGCCAACAAGUCGCUCAGCAAACACCGCAAGAGCCACAUGGAGGAGGAGAGCUACAGGUGCUCUCAGUGCGGGGAGACCUUCACCAAGAACUCGGCCUUCGUCGUCCACUUGAGGACCCACAGGGGAGAGCCCCCCUACCCCUGCCCCGACUGCGGGGAGGCCUUUUUCGACAGCUCCUCGUUCAGCAAACACCGCAAAAAGCACUUGGUGGAGAAACCCUACCAGUGUGCCGAGUGCGGGGUGGGCUUCACCACUCACCCUGCCCUCCUCCUGCACCAGAAGAGCCACGUGGGACCCCGGCCCCACGUGUGCUCUGAGUGCGGGAAGGCCUUCCGGGAGAACACGACGCAGUGA